CAGGGGUCUCAAGGGCUUGUCUAUUUGGGGACUAGAACCUAGGAGACCAACAGGGCAGCUGGGGGCCAAAGGACCACAAGGACUUCGUUGCCAGGAACAUACUCCCACCAGGAACAGAAUGGACCAUGAUGAGGGGGCUCCUGGAGCCCCAGCUGGCACUGUCGUGCCUCAGGAGCUGUUGGAAGAAAUGCUUUGGUUUUUUCGGGUAGAAGAUGCAUCUCCUUGGAAUCAGUCCAUCCUUGCCCUGGCGACCAUAGUGGCCCUAAUAAGCAUUGUCCUCCUGGGGAGGAGCAUCUUGGCAAACAGAAAUCAAAAGACGCUGCCACCAGAAAAAGAAACACCAGAAGUCCCUCAUGUGGCUGAGGCUGGAACCAAAGAUGACAAGGUGAACACCGUAAAAGAGACUUUGCUCUCAGAAAAGCCAAACUUGACCGAGGUGGAAAUUGAGUUAAAAGAGCGAGAGGUCACGUCAGUUCUCCUUCCAGACCCACCAGAAACUGAGACCUAGUGAGAGUUCAGGGCACCCCCUUCCAAGCCAGAUAUGUGAUUUAAGCUCAGCUCACUGGCCUGAAACCUCUCAGGUUUUGCAGUCUCUCCCAAGCAGCUUCAUUUUUUUGUUAAUAGAUAGAAUGGACGAACUGCAAUUAAACUAAAAUUUGGUUAUUUUUUCUUUAAAAUUUAAUACAUUUUCUUUGUAUUAAAAUGCUUGUGGAA